AUGUUUUCAUCCGCCUUCAAGUCCUUCUCGUCCAACAUCACAUCGAACUAUGAGAUCUCUAAACAACCCUCGGCCACUGUGGGAGUCUGGACUGUCUUUGACGCGAAGAAGAAAAGCACUGGUAUCCGAGCGUCAGUCUUCGUUUUUGAGCGGAAAUCUUUGGAAGCUGGCAGCAGUGGAUUUGGUACACGCGCUACUAGCGCCACGUCCCUGAGAAAGGCCCAAGAUGAAGUUGUUGAACGGCUGAAGAAGGAGGCUAGCAGCCUUGCUCGGCUCCGCCAUCCGUCCAUUCUGCAGCUGGUCGAACCGGUUGAAGAGACUCGAAAUGGCGGGCUCAUGUUUGCGACCGAACCAGUUUUAUGUUCACUAUCUGCCGCUUUAGCACAAAAAGAUGCAGCCGGCAGCAGAGCUGGUAGAGGCAUCUCGAGGUCCCUGUCAGACGAUGGUGUUGCCUCUCGAGCACUUCAAGAUGUUGAAGUUGAUGAACUUGAGAUCCAAAAGGGCCUCCUUCAGGUUGCUAAAGGCCUUGAAUUCUUGCACGACUCUGCCAAACUGGUCCAUGGAAACCUGACUCCUGAUGCUAUCAUGAUCAAUGCCAAAUCAGACUGGAAACUGUCAGGCCUCAGUUUUGCGGGGCCUCCAGACGGCGCCGAAGGACAUCAGUCUGUCCCGCAAAUCUCACUCUCUGAAGCACUCUACCACGACCCGAGGCUGCCACGAGCGGUACAAUUGAAUCUUGACUAUGCGUCACCCGAUUUUGUGCUUGAUUCAAACAUAAAUUACUCCGCCGAUAUAUUCUCACUCGGCCUUGUCAUUCUGGCUUGCUAUAGGCGUCCUCACCGCUCGCCGAUCGAGACCCAUGGCAAUCAAUCCACCUACAAGAAGAUCUUUAGCAGUUCUUCAACUGUGCCAUCCAGUAGCAACAACUAUCUUUCUGACAAGCCUCUUCCACGCGAGCUGAACGUGACCCUGCCACGAAUGCUUGCUAGACGACCUGCUCAGCGUUUGACAGCCAGCGAGUUCCAACAAUCGGAAUACUUUGACAAUAUUCUCGUCAAUACCAUCCGGUUUCUAGACGCCUUGCCAGCAAAGACCCCUGCGGAGAAGUCACAGUUCAUGAAAGGACUCGGUAGAGUCAUGCCCCAGUUUCCGCCUUCUGUGUUAGAGAAGAAAAUUCUGGGAGUUCUCCUGGAUGAAAUGAAAGACCGAGAACUACUGCCAUUGAUCAUGCAAAACAUCUUCCAGAUCAUCAAGGCCAUUCCCUCGGGCAAGGACGUUGUCUCAGACAAAGUGCUUCCUCGUAUGAGAGACAUAUUCCUCACAAAAUCAAAGUCGGAGGAAAGGGACAGCAGCAAGGAGGCCGCUCUACUUACAGUGCUCAAUAACAUUCAGCUACUUGCCGAUAAUUGUUCUGCAAAACAAUUCAAGGACGAUGUCCUGCCAAUUAUUCACGUCGCCAUGGAGUCUUCUACCCACUCUCUCACUGAUGCUGCCCUUCAGAGCCUGCCGGCGGUAUUGCCGCUCAUCGACUUUUCCACAGUCAAACAUGACCUGUUUCCGGUCGUGGCAAACGUGUUCAGCAAGACAAAUAGUCUGAGUAUCAAGAUCCGCGGACUGGAGGCGCUUGGCGUGCUCUGUGGCGUGCCCACUGGUCAGACAGAGACAGGUGCAGAAGAUUUCUCUGGCUCCAACCAGCAGGAGAGAAAAGAUAAGGUUGUGUCGAGCCUGGACAAGUUCACCAUGCAGGAAAAGGUCGUCCCACUUUUGAAAGCAAUCAAGACCAAGGAGCCUGCAGUCAUGAUGGCAGCUCUCAGAGUGUUCCGCCAGAUCGGAACUGUUGCCGACACUGAAUUCUUAGCUCUUGAAGUCAUGCCUAUACUAUGGAACUUCGGCCUGGGACCUUUGCUGGAUUUGACACAGUUCAAGGCAUUCAUGGACGUCAUCAGGUCUUUCUCGGCUAGGAUAGAGAAGGAACAGAUUCGGAAAUUACAAGAGCUAUCCUCGACCCGACCUGCAGACAUUCGAACGUCGACGACAGCCCUGCCUUCAAUCAGCAACGGUAUGCCGCGUGGUGCUUCCCCCGCUGGCCCAGAGGACGACUUUGAGAAGCUCGUGCUGGGCAACAAGAAUAAUGAAAGGAACGACGUGUUUGCUGGUGCUUUGUCGGAAGGAGAAAAAUUAACUCCAAAUCCUCCAUCCUUCUCGUGGUCUCCAGUCGCUGGAAGCAACAGGAAUGCGGCUUCAGCUCCAGGUCUGGCGUCUUUGCCAGCGCUUCAGCCUCACCCAGCCUCACGUUCGAUAACUCCUGAUGUCAGCAUGUCAACGUUUCCAACUCUGCAACCUGCGCAGCAUUCUUCUGCAUCGGUCUGGGCAUCGUCUUCUCCGCCUGCUAAGCCUGUACACAACCAGAGCCAUGUAUUUCCACCGCCGACUUACGUCUCCAGUCCUCCGCCCGUAAGCUCACCUCCUCCAGCACCAGCCAAUCCAUGGGCGCUUCCUCCACCUCCGAACUCGCAGAGUCGUAACGCAGGUUUCGCUGCGAGCAUCGCUCCACCUCCUCAAAAUAACGUAACAGGCAACGUAUGGCAACAGUCGAACCACAGCUUUGGAAUGGCCUCGACCGCCGGAGUCGGCGGCUCGAUGAACGUCCUGCAGCCCCAAACCAAAUUGCAACAACAGCCGCCUCCACAGCAGAAGACCGGGUUAGAUAAGUACGAAUCUCUGCUGUGA